AAUUCGUCAACAAAUUCCACAGCAUUGAAAAUAUACUGUAGCAACAAAUAUUAUCCGGACAUUGAAUAGCAACCGCCUUCCUUGCACACCGCUCGUACAUCGCUGCGCCCCAACGGAUGCGCGGCGCUACGUCACAGCCACUAAAUGAUUGGCACGGAUGAAAUGUCAUCCACUGGCAUGGAUAUAUCGGAAUCCUUUCGUGCAGAGGAUCUUACAAAAACGGAUUUUUUCGAUUUCGUCACAGCGCCCGACAUGGGCAUCGGCAUCGGUGUCGGCGCAGAUGUGGUCGACAUCGGUAUGGGUGUGGGUAGCUUGCAUGCGGGCAAUGCAAGUGGCGGCCCACACCAGCAGCAUCAGCAACAACAUUCACAUCAUCAUCAGCACAGUAGUCACCACCAUCAACAGCAACAGCAACAGCAACAGCAGCAGCAGCAGCAUGCGCAUCAUCAGCAACAACAACACAGUCAUGAACAAAGCAAUAGUUUAGCGGGUAGUAUGCCACACGAUGGUGGAGGUGGCAGCGGCGGCGGUAGUGGUGGUGGCGGUGGUGGUGGCAGUGGUGGUGUCGGUGGCGGUGUCGCUGGCCGUGUUAGUACCCCAGGCAAUGCCAACAGUUGCAUAGAUGGCUCAGAUGGUAAUAGUAAUGGCACCAGCAGUGAUCCGACGUUGCAGGGCUAUGAGUUUUGGCACACUGACAAAGAUGCGACCAGUCGUUUGGAUGCCACCAUCUUCGAAGACCUCGACCGCUAUUGUUGGCAGCAGCAGGCCGUUUCCGCUGCAGCGGCAUCACCAGUCGCCACAACAACAACAGCAACCACACACCAACAUCGCUCCACACCCGCUAACAGUACACCGCAUUCCGCGCACCUACACAGUCCAACAUCACCAAGUCAUACGCAACAACAGCAUCUACACCAUCAGCCACAUCAUCAACAUUUGCACUCGCAACAACAACAACAACAGCGACAAAUGUCACUCAACAACAGCAGUUCCUGUGCACAAAGUGCCAAUCAAUCCACAAACAGCAAUGCGCCAAAUAAUAGCCAUAGCAACAACAACAACAUAAAUAGCAACAGCAAUGGCAGCAGCAGCAGCAUGGCGGUGGACAAUGCCGAUGGACAAAUUUACACAAUCACAGUAUUAAAUGGCAAUGAGCCAUGGCUGAAGCGAGAACCAGAGAAUCCAGCUGGCCAAUUGUCCAGCACACUGGAUCUGGAUUGUCUGUUGGGUAGCUUUCCGGGUUACAUAAAAUCAGAGUAUCCCUACGAUGAGAAUCCAGGCGGCUAUGGCACAGCGGAGGGCAGCGGUAGAGAUGGUAGCGGUAGUGGUGAUAUGGUCAAUAGUCUGGGAAUGGGAACGACGGGUAGUGCGGCGAGUAUGCAUGGCGGUGGUGGCGGCAGUGGGAGUGGUUUAAAUAGUCAAAGAUUGCCUUCGCUGGUGACGGCGAUAUCGAUAGCUAGUGGUAUUGGUGGAGUGGGUGGUGUGGGUGGUGUGGCGAAUUCGACGCACUCGCAGUUGGCACAAUUUCAGAACAACAACAAUGACUGGCAUAUGGCCGAUCAUAAUGCUGAACAGAAUUCCGCUGAGUCUUUGCUGCGUAGUGCCCUCCAAGGUAAGGGUUAUUCCAAAGGUAUACACAUGCAAAAUGGCAUCUCACUAUUGCCUUCAUCACCCACAGUUAAAGAGGACGAAAUGCGGCGGCUGCUUUUUCCGCCAGAUACGGACACACUUUCCUUUGGCGACUCAGGCCUCAGCGCAGCACAAAUGUUCGACGAUACACAUCCUUCGCAUUUGGUGGGCAGCCAACAUCCGAACGGCAGUAUGGGCGUGCCAUCAGGCGGCAAUGCUGCCAACAGCACCGGCGUGUCCAGCCUCAUGGUCGACGAUAUGUUCCUAUCGCUAGAAAGUGCCUUCAGCGACGACUUUGACAAAAUCAAACGCAUCGCCAACGAAGUUGAACAAUUCUGUUCACCCACAUCCCGAGGCGAUUAUGGCAGCAGCGAUGUGUUGAUGCAAAUGUCGCCAGCUGCCGGUGUGGGUGCGACAAGUGCAAGUGUGCAACAACUGCAGCAGCACCAGCAACUGCACUCACCCGCAACAACACCCACAAGCAUGACACAUCAGCAGCAGCAGCAGCAGCAACAAUUAUCGCCAUUGCCACAAACGGCUGUACCUGCGCUACAUAUGCCCAACCCGCAACAACGCGCGCUACACGCACAACCCCAAACAGCUACAAGCAAGUCAGCGUCCGCAACGAGCGGCGGUAGCGGCAGCGGCACCACCAAAGUGACCAAGAAGUACAAGCGCUCGACGUCGAGUGCGCACCACCACAACAACAACAACAACAAUCCCAAUGUGAUAAAUCACAAUAGCAACAACAGUGGCACUACGAGUGGCGGAAACAACAGCAGCGUUGGUGGUGGCGGCGGCAACAGCGCUGCGAAUGGCACAAAUGGCCCAGCCAGCGGCGGCAGCAGUUCCAGCAACAGCAGCAACAGUCCCACACACUGCAAUGGACAGCGUAAAGAGCGUUCGCUACACUAUUGCUCCAUCUGCUCGAAGGGCUUCAAGGACAAAUAUUCGGUGAAUGUGCACAUACGAACACACACCGGCGAGAAGCCCUUCACCUGCUCGCUCUGUGGCAAGAGUUUCCGCCAGAAAGCGCAUCUGGCCAAGCACUACCAAACGCACAUGGCGCAGAAGCACAAUGGCGGACUGGUGAAAGGUGGUGGUGGUGGUGGAGGCGGCGGCGGCGGCGGCGGCGGUGGCAGCGGUGGUAGCGGUGGUGGCGGUAGCAGUUCUAGUAAACAUCAGCGUGCAUCUGCAGCAGCAGCAGCAGCAGCGGCGGCGGCUGCAGCGGCAGCGCAAUCAGCUGCUAGUAGUGGUGUGGCAGGAAUAGUAGGCAGCAGCAGCUUAUCGAUUGUGCCUAAUAGCUGCGCUGGCAGCGUAGUAGCGGCGGCUGUACAUCAACGUCAGCUGAGUGUGGCCACAUCGCUGGGGUUGGCUGCUGGCGGUGUACGCGCUGUGGCCGGCGGUGUUGUCUCCUCGCUAGCUGUUGGCGGACCAAUGAAUGGACCCGCUCUUGCUGCCGUGAAUGCCAAUGUCUUGCCACCAGCAAAUGGCUUGCUGACGAAUAGGUAAAAGUACGUUAAUUAACAGUGAUUGAUUUUUACAUAUGUAGCUCCUUAAAUCAAGUUCAUUUUAUUACAAACAUAAUUCUCUCUUGUUCCUAAUGCUCAAAACAAAUACUCCUAUGCACAAAUACUGCUAUUGCCACAUACAAUGUUUGUAUGUGUAUACUCACAUAUUGCUACUACUACUAGUUUCCCUAUCUGUUUAUUCUAGUUUAAAGCUAAAUUGAAACUUAAAAUAUUUAAGCUUAGCAUAUUUUUAGAUGUCAAAGUGCCUAAUACUUUAUAAAUAGUCCUACUUAUUCGUGAAUAUUUUACUUUACAACUUCUAACUCAUCGAAUUUAUCUGUGCAUUCCUAUAAACUACAUAUAUAUAUAAUGAAUAGGUAUAUAGGUUCAUACAUAAGUUUAAAUUGAAAGGUAUUGAUUCAAGUUUGGGAGAUCUUUUUAAAAAACUUGUUUAAUUGCACAGUGCAACAAUCAAAUAAUGAUGGCAUCAAGGUCAAUUGCAUUCAUUUCGGGGGAUCAAAAUGUGAAUAAAUACCAAAGGACUUGCAAAAGUUGUUUACCAUUUAAAUAUUUAUAUCCAAAAGUGGAAUUUACUCUUCAAAAUAGUUCAGAGCCGUCACUGAAUUGAGUAAUACAGAUUUUUUUUUGCUGACAUUUCGAGCUACAAA